GGGAGCAGGAAGUACCAAGCCAGGUGGACCCGCCACCGACCGACCCCGGGAGCCCCUAUCGCUGACCCUGCCUCGGUGGGGGCGCGGGCCGGAGACCCUGUCCGGCUUUUCUCUGGGCUGCCCUAUGCGCGAGGUACCAGGCCUGUCGGCGUCGUGAGCGGCUCAGUAACGUGCUUUCAAUUAAACACGACAGCGAAAAUAAAAGGCGGGCGCCGCUCAGAGAUGAGUCUCAGUGACGUCCUGUCGGUCUGCAGAGAAGUGGCGUGGGCCUAGCCCUCUGCAGGCGGUUGCUGGAAGAAGAUGAUGCGCUUCACCUGUGCUUGGCGUGCAGGAACAUGAGCAAAGCAGAAGCUGUCCGCACCUCUCUGCUGGCCUCCCACCCCGCUGCUGAGGUCUCCAUCGUGCAGGUGGAUGUCAGCAGCCUGCCGUCCGUGUUCCAGGCCACCAAGGAGCUCAAGCAAAGGUUUCAGAGAUUAGACUAUGUAUAUCUAAAUGCUGGGAUCAUGCCUAAUCCACAGCUAAAUAUCAAAGCACUUUUUCGUGGUCUCUUUUCAAGAAACGUGAUUCAUAUGUUCUCCACAGCUGAAGGACUGCUGACACAGAAUGACAUGCUUACUCCUGAUGGGCUCCAGGAGGUGUUUGAAACCAAUGUCUUUGGCCACUUUAUCCUGAUUCAGGAACUAGAAUCUCUCCUAUGUCACAGUGAGAGUCCAUCUCAGCUCAUCUGGACAUCAUCUCGCAAUGCAAAGAAAUCUAAUUUCAGCCUUGAGGAUGUCCAGCACAGCAAAGGCCAGGAGCCCUACAGCUCUUCCAAAUAUGCCAUUGACCUUCUGAGUGUGGCUUUGAACAGGAACUUCAACCAGCAGGGUCUGUAUUCCAGUGUCGUGUGCCCAGGGACGAUGCUGACCAGUCUGACGUAUGGAAUCCUUCCUCCCUUUGUGUGGAUGUUAAUCAUGCCAAUCAUAUGGCUGUUACGCUUUUUUGCAAAUGCUUUCACGCUGACACCUCAGAAUGGAACAGAAGCACUGGUCUGGCUUUUCCACCAAAAGCCCGAGUCUCUCAAUCCUCUGGUGAAGUAUCUGAGUGCCACCACUGGCUUUGGAAGCAAUUAUGUGACGUCCAAAAAGAUGGACCUAGAUGAAGACACUGCUGAAAAAUUUUACCAAAAGUUACUGAAACUUGAAAAGCAGAUUAGGGUCACCAUGCAGAAAACCAAUAACCAGAACUGAAAAUGAUGCUCUCUGAAACAUUCUGUGCCUUUUGGGGAUUCUGGAGUGCGUGGGUUUCUCCUGAGCUGGAUCAUGUGCAUUUGUGGUAAACACUGAUUUCUGAUGGUCUCUUCAUUGCAGAAUCACCUCUGUGAUUAUGUGUGUGUGUGCAUGUGAGAAAAGAAUAUCUGAUAUUUUAUCAGUCUCUAAGAAUGAUGUCACAUCAAAGUCGUGCUAGAGGCACCCAACUGAGUCUCCGUUUGUUCAGCCAGCAAGAGCACAAGCUCUGCUUCAUGGGACGAGGUGUUGACUUGAAUAAUUAUGACACAGACACACACUGAUUCUCCUUUCACCUGCCCCAGAAGGAGGACAUAAUACUCAUUCUCUGAGUAGCAAUCUUAGCCUUGUUCUUCACAAGUAGUUUUCCCUGGUUUUGUACCUUAUUUCUUCCUCCACAUGCCACAUUUAAAAAUCCUGAUACAGAUGCCCAUGUUAUUAAUCAUCAUAGUAACAAUAUACUUAUAUGUAUUUGGGCCACCUGAAUUAUUUUCUCUUUAUUUUAAAAGUAUCUUUUAUUGAUAUUGAGAUAGUCCAUGUUAAUAGUGGGCCUGACCUUCACCACAGUUUACAAAUUUAUUACUGACCAACUUGUUUCCAUGACAUAUUUUAGUGGAUGUAAUCCUGCACCAAAAAUAAUUUACUCAAAUUGUUUCAAUGAAUUUACUCAGAUUUUUCAAAUGAAUAAUUACUGGUGGAAUGUCUCUCAGUAUCAGUAGUGGUUGAAAGUGGUUAGGACUAGUUUGCAUGAUGUCAAGACAAAAUGCUAAAAUUCCUAGGUGUUUCAGCCAACAUCUGGAAUAUUAGAGUAAUAUUUUGAAUGAGUUAAUAUGAAAAAUUACAUGUAAAUAUAAUGUCUAUAUGUUUUAAAGUGUGGAAUUUUGGUUAUUCUUUCUCUAAGUUUGUUGCUAAAGAUAUUUUUAAUAACUUUAAACAUAAAUGAAAAUGAGAGCUGACCACUCUCCAUUCUCUUUGAGAAAGAAGGGUGAAGUUAGAGAGCUGAAAGCAUAGAGCUGGUUUUCACUCUUGUGUUUACUCACUUAAUUGGGAAGAAGUACAUUUUUGUGGAUCUCAAGCUUUCUGUCUGUGAAGUGGAAUAAUUAUCUUUCUGUGUUCUCUGUUCAUGGAAAUGAAGUGAGAAUUAAAGGCAGUAAUAUAUGUGAAUAAAGAGCAUUUUUUUGAGAA